AUGAGUGGCGAGGAAUGGCACAGAAAUAUGGUGAAAGAUGUUGCCAUAAGAAACCCAUGUCGGUCUGGUACCCUCUACUACAACUACAAAGGGUUUUUCAGCAUCAUCUUCCUGGCCUUAGUCGACGCCGAUUACAAGUUUAUUUGGGCCGACGUUGGUACUCAAAGCUUUUCAUCAGACGUCCAGAUCUUCAACCAUGGCCCACUGAGAAAUGGAUUGGAAAAUGACACUCUUGGCCUGCCAGUUCCAGAGCCCCUGCCACAUGAUGACAGACCCAUCCCGUACUUUUUGGUAGGAGACGACGCAUUUCCUCUCAGGUCCUGGAUGAUAAAGCCCUACUCCAACCGCAACAUAACUAACAAAGAAAGGAUCUUUAACUAUCGUCUGUCUAAGGCUCGUCGUGUGGUGGAAAAUAUCUUUGGCAUCCUAGCACAAUGCUGGAAAUGCAUGCUGGGCACGAUUCAGCAGGAUCCAGACCGGGCCAAGAUCAUCGCCUUGACUGCCAUAUGCCUGCACAAUCUGAUGAGACUCUGCCAUCCUGGCUUGCAGAACAACGACCUGGAUCAGGAAGAUAAAUUUGAAGCUUGA